AUGGCUAAUAGACCAGCUGACCAACUAGUUUCCAAGAGUACGAUUAUACCAACAGCAAAGCAAAGUUACGAGAAAAUUGAUGUUGACGGCUCUAGUGGAAUCAUAAUUCUUAUUGGUUUACUUGUGGUUGCGGUUGUGGUGAUUGCCGUGACUGUUCCAGCCGUUCUCUUAACUCGACCAAGUAAGGAAGCCUCAACUACUUCUGUACCGGCUAGUUCGCCUGGAAUACUAUCAACAACAAGAGUGUCUUCUACAUUAACAAAAACAGCAGGCAUCAGUUCAACAGCCACAGAAACCACAGUAGAUAUUACUUCGACAGGUGCAAAAACAACAAUGGGUAUCACUUCGACAUCCUCAACAACAACAGCAAGCAUCGCUUCGACAGUGACAACAGUAAUCAUCGCUUCGACAGUGACAACAGUAAUCAUGAGCACCUCUUCAUUAGGUAUAACAACAACAACAGCUGCAGGCAUCGAUUCGACAUCAACAACAGUAGUGGACAUCACUUCAACAGCAACAACAACAGUAGCGGACAUCACUUCAACAACAACAACAACAACAGCGAGCCUCGAUUCAAUAACCACGGAACCAACAACUGAAGUCGCUUCAAUAGUCAAUGCUACUAUGACAGAGACGACAGGUAAGAUUCGAGUAUAG